AUGGUUACUAAUGGCAAAAAGAAGGCCAGAAGAAGCUUAUUACACUGUGUUGGUGAUGAUCUGCUGUGUGAAAUUCUUAUGCGAAUUCCUUAUAAAUCUGCUUUCGUAUGCAAGACAAUUUGCAAACGUUGGUUACUUCUGAUAUCCGAUCCAUAUUUUAUAGCUCGCUCCGUCGCCUUCCACCAUCUCCGUCAAGAACAGCAGUGUGAUGAUGAUCAGCCUGCAUUGUCCCUCGAGUUCUUGCCUCUUUAUAGAAGAAAAAAGGGUCCAAUUAUUGUUGUGGGUUCUUGCAAUGGAUUAUUGUUGUGCAUAUAUGGUUUUAAUUUACACCGUGCAUCCAGUUUGGCUUCCUCAUCCUCCCGUUUUGCAAGUUUCGUUUGCAACCCUUUUACAAGGCAAUGGGCUGCAAUUCCCGGCCCUCCUCGUGUGCCUUCGUGUAUGGGUUUCAUAUGUGAUCCUUACUUCGAAAUGAACGAACAGAUGUGCAUCAACUCCAGUUGUAAAUUCAAGGUGGUGGCUGUUCCGCGGUUCAACACUCAAACAGGUGAUACGACUGAGUUUCACGUGGAUGUGUUCUCAUCGGAGACUGGAAAAUGGGCGAAAGUGAUUGCCUCGUCAGCUGAAAAUAUGGUAAGACUCGUCAACUGA